UGAGUGAACCAGCGGAGCCGCCAUAUUGCUGGGGUCAACCUAAGCUAGGCUACAUUCACAACCACAUAGACUGAACCACUGAACGGAGAAUCGCAACCGAUUGCAACCAUGCCUUUUGCUUGUGCAGCCUUCGGAUGCAAUAAUCGGCGCUCGAUUCAGAGCCGAUCACGUGGAAUUACAUUUCACAAGUUUCCCAGUGAGGUGGAAUUACGGAGGAGAUGGGAAGUUGCGAUGAGAAGACAGGAUUUUGUUGUCACCGAGUUCUCCAGGCUCUGCAGUGAGCAUUUUAAACCGGAUGAUUUUGACCGAACUGGGCAGAUUAUACGACUGAGAGAGGCUGUAAUCCCGUCAAUCUUCAACUUUCCAUCGCAUCUCCAAAAGACGAUUGACAGCUUAUUUGACAUCAUGAACAGUCGCAAUCCACGUGCAAAAGGAAUGAAAGCUCCUCUGGGUACUCUAAAUUGGACAGAGAGAGUUGAGAUAUUGUUGAGAGCCAGAAAGUAUUUGCUCAGUUUGGUGAUGAAAGAUGGCACACCCCUCCACCAAACAAAGAGGUCUUUUAAAAUCUUGAAUACUUUUCAUGAAAAGUUCACAACGCCAUAUUUUCUCUUGUUGUGCAUCAAGUUCAUAAGAUGCUCUGUUCUCUUGUGCAUCAAGUUCAUAAGAUGCUCUGUUCUCAUGUUUGGAUUUGUUAUCUGGUGUUGCUUUUGUUGACUGUUCUGUUGAGUAUUUUUCAGGGCCUCAGGACAGGGGUCAGAAGAACCAGAUGCAUGAGGUAAUGUGAGUUCUGUUUUAUGAUACAUUCAAACCUCACGAGAUUUAGGCAACCAAGGCUACAAGUCUUCAUGUUGAAAAUAUGCAAGACAGAGUUUAGCAACACAAUCCUGGAAUCAGGUACUAUACGGUAAGAAUUUUGCAACUGAAUUGAUUUACAAAAGAACCAAGGAACAACUCCUAUAUGUCCUUCCGUCUGUCAGACAUUAACUUCUUUUUGCUUAAUUUAAAUGAGGAAAGGUAGGUGCUUGAUUUGCAUGUUUUGUAAUUUAUUGUUUCUUCUUGUUCAUGAUGUUUGUACAUGUUGGAAUCUUCUUGUGCUCAGUGUUUUCCAGGUCAUAGAGAAAUUAAAUGGUAUGUAUGCUGUGUUAUUGUUUUCAAUUUCUCAGUCCAGUUGGGAUGAUGUUCCUCCUUGCUUUAGCAUCCUUGAGGUAUCUGUCAGUCAUCGGCUUCGUGGUCAAUGUGGACACUUUGGUGGGAAUGAUUCCUGAACUGCUCCAAGUUCAGCGUUAUGUCUGCACAUACCGCUUCAGCCAGGACCACUUGGAGCUUUUCUUUAACUCUGUCAGAGCAUCAGGAGGCUGGAAUAACAACCCCACUGCAGGGCAGUUCCAGGGCAUUUUCCGCCGCAUGAUGGUUCGCUGUGGUGUCUCACCAAGCAGAUCAGGAAACGUGGCCACACAAGAUGAGACUGUCUCCCUGUCAGCUUCAGACAUGCACUGUGCAUUAAUGUCAGAGGAAGAUCUCCCAUCCCCUUUUGCCAAUGUCUCUGCAUUUCUGUGUGACCACAGCUACCUACCCACCCGCUUUGGCGGUCUUGUAGACAAUGCCCUGGUCUACAUAUCUGGAUAUGUUGUCAGAAAAAUUCUGAAAAAACUGUCCUGUGAAGUGUGCCGGCCAAGUCUGGUCACCGCUGCUGUGCCCUCAUCCUUUGAUCAGAGCUACCACCUGCUUCACCUGAGGAAUAAUGGUGGGUUGGUGGUCCCGUCUGAGGGGACAGUGAAGGUAGUCAGAGCAGCAGAGCGUGUGAUACGCCGCUAUUCUACAGAGCAAGGUGUCAGUGCGUCCAUGGUCAAUCGUUUUGUUCGAGCUGAGAUUGGAUUGGAAGAUGUUUUUUUACUCGGGGAGCACAUCACAGAAACCCAGUUUGGGAUUGACAACCACCACUUCAUGUUAAUGUCCUAUGUUGUUUCUGUUUUUCAUAAAGUACGGCUGCACCACAUGGCAAAAAUGACUACUCUGGAGUUUCAGAGUGCCAGCACACGCAAGAAACUGUCUAAACAAGUUCUUUUUCAGGGGUUUUAGUUGUGGCAUUUUGUGCACAACUAAGUAUAUAAGUAUGUAUGUUCCCAUAGUUUUGGAGUUUCUUGUUUACUAAAACAAAAUGUAUUUAGUUAUUUUUAUUCUGUAACGUAGCAGAUGUUGAAAUGUUUAUUGUACAUUAAUGCCACAGUGAGGAUAAAGUCUAUUAUGUGUUUGAUUUUCUUUGUUAAGGCUGAACAAAUUUCCCCCUAACAUUUGAAACACAUUAUUUUUACUGAGAUGCCAUUACAUGUUUUUUUUCUGUGUUUUUUGGUAGGUUUGAUAAGUUAAAAUUGUUUUUCAACCCCUCUCAGAUGGAGAAAAUUCAAAUAAAUAAAUAAAUAAAAUAAACUAUCAAACUUGUUUUGCAUAUUAAA